AUGACCGACAACACGGCCCAUUCCCAGCACCGGGAGCGGAGGCCUGGCUCCCCUGGCCGGGCCACUGCCGACCACCAGUCGGACCUCGACUCCGACACCACUUUUGGCGGCCACACAGCCAUCGGCCCGACCGUCAACCAGACCGUCGGUGCCCGCGAGCACAACAAGGAGAAACAGGCUGGCCUCCAGGGCAAGCGCGAGAUCACCGAGGAGGAGUGCGAGGACGAGCUCGGCUUCGCCUUCCCCUCGUGGAAGAAGUGGUACAUCCUCACCAUCAUCUUCCUUGUCCAGACCUCCAUGAACUUCAACACCUCGCUCUACUCCAACGGCAUCGGUGGCAUCUCCAAGGAGUUCAAUGUCAGCGAGCAGGCCGCCCGCGCCGGAGCCGCCAUAUUCCUCGUCGCUUACGGUUUUGGCUGCGAGCUCUGGGCCCCGUGGUCCGAGGAGUUCGGCCGCAAACCCAUCCUCCAGGCCUCCUUGUUUCUCGUCAACAUCUUCACACUUCCCGUCGCCCUGGCGCCCAACUUUGGCUGCCUUCUCGCUGGCAGAUUCCUGGGUGGUCUCAGCACGGCCGGAGGCAGUGUGACCUUGGGCAUGGUCGCCGACUUGUACGACAGCGACAACCAGCACUACGCCGUGGCCUACAUUGUCUUCUCGUCUGUGGGCGGCUCCAUCCUGGGGCCUAUUGUCGGCGGCUUUGUCGAGCAGUUCCUCGACUGGCGCUGGACCAUCUGGAUCCAGCUCAUCUUCGGCGGCGCUGUGCAGCUCUUGCACUUGCUCACGGUCCCCGAGACGCGCACGACCAUCAUGCUCGACCGCAUCGCCAAGAAGCGCAGAAAGUCCGGCCAAGACCCCAACGUCUAUGGCCCGGAUGAGAUCGUGCCCUUCCGCGAGCGUUUCAGCUUCAAAGAGCUCAUGUACACCUGGCUGCGGCCGUUCCGCAUGUUCCUCACCGAACCCAUCGUGCUUGUCCUCUCGCUACUGUCCGGUUUCUCAGAUGCCCUGAUCUUCAUGUGCAUCCAGUCGUUUGUCCUUGUCUAUGGCGACCGCUGGGACUUCAAUGCGUACCAGGUCGGUCUGAGUUUCAUCCCAAUCGGCGUGGGCUACGUGAUCGGCUGGCUGGCGUUCAUCCCGUCGUUUGAGCGCAACAAGAAGCGCCGCAUGGCGAACCCCGACGACGAGUACGCGCAAUACGAGUCCCGCCUGAAGCUUCUUCUGUAUCUUGCGCCGUGUUUGCCUCUCGGCUUGAUCAUCUUUGCCUGGACCAGCACGGGUCCCCCAAUUCCGUGGAUCGCCUCGAUGAUUGGCGCCGCCCUCAUCGGCGUUGCCAACUUUGCAAUCUACCUCGCAACGAUAGACUACAUGAUCGCUGCGUACACCGUCUACUCUGCCUCGGCGACUGGAGGUAACGGCUGGGCGCGCGAUGUGCUGGCGGGUAUCCUCACGGUUCCGGCGACGCCCUUCUACACCAAGAUUGGCGCCGAAAAGGGCAUGAACCUGCAGUACGCGUCGACCAUCCUGUUCUGCAUCGCCUUUGUGCUCGUCAUCGCCGUGUACGUCAUCUACUGGAAGGGUCCCGAGCUGCGCAAGAAGUCCCCCUUCGCGCAGUCCCUCGCGGCCGGCAACGCAGAGCACGAGGGCCGCAGGGUCAGCGUGUCCGGGAACGCACGGAGGCGCAACAGCGCGGCGCUCGCGGCCGCGCCCGCCGCAGGGGAUGUCGAGAAAGGUCCCGCCACUACUACACCUCCCACCACUACUGGGCGUGCAGGGCAGCAACAGCAACAGCCGCAAAAGCAUCCCCGGCGUCCUGGCAUGCACUCGGGCGCCACGUCGCGGCACUCGUCGUUCCAGGCUGCGAGCAGGCGGCACUCUCGGGACGUCAGCCGGCGGAGCAGCUAUGCCAAUGCUUCGUCUGGUGCCGAGGACGGGCCGCACGGUGACGAUGAUGAGGACCAUGUCGUGCCGUAUCACCUGGAUCCAAUCGCCUCCGUGCCGACAAGGCAGCCUUGA